CUGUCCACACUAAGUUCACACGAAGCCGCAUGACACGACUUGCGCCGGCCUGCACUCGUUGACACGACCGUCCGUUGCGACGUGACCUUGGCGAGGAAGACGAAGUCGCCACUCGCGCGGUGAUAAAAGGAGCCUGCGCCAUGGAGAGGAGUUAAUGCUAUUUUGGAGCUUAUAAGCGCUACAAUGGGACCCUUGGCUGCUUUGUGGGCGCUGCUGGUGCCCGCACUCUUGGGAGGGGUAGGCCAUUUUGUGAACCCCGGGACCGCUCAGUUUCCUGGGAGGACGCGAGUAGUUCUGCAACCACAGGUGGUCGCCAGCGAGGUGAUCCCGCACGUCAAUGAAUGCUCGUUAUGCUUUCAUUGCAAUGUGGACGCAAAGCCGCCCCCGCUGCUGGCAUCGGACCUGGUGCCCGCAAACUUCCAGCCCAGAAACGUUACGCACAAGCAGAAGCUGCCAAUCUGCCACACAUGUAGAGGAUGCACCGUGCACCUGACGUUGCACGGGAGCUCGGGGCAGAAGAAGCUGUUUAACACGUGGUUUAGAGACGAGGUGGGGGCCUCCCCUAGCUGGCUGUUCGUGGCCCCCACAGACAAGACGCCAAACCGCAAGGCGAUUGUCAAGGUGGCGUGUAUACCGGUCGGCAAGCACGCGCGACACAAGUUCGCGCAGUGUCAUGCCGAUCUGGCGCUCAAAUACGCCAAGAUCUAUCUCGCGAUUGAGAAGCUAGCAGAGAACUGUGGCUUGACAGACAUCAUUCCUAAGAUCUGGGUGGACUGGGUGGAUGCCGUGAUUCCCGAGGUGGGCUACCACAUCAGGUGGCUGGGGCUGUGGAUGGAGAUGGUGGAGGGAAUCAGCCUGGAGAACCUGGUGCGGCUGGGCAACCCCAUGAUGCACCCCGACGACCUGCUGGACAUCCUGCACAACAGGGUCAACCACACACAGACGGUCCGUGCGGCGCUGUUCGACUUGUUGACCAGCCAGAACGACCGACACGCCCAGAACAUCUUCAUAAACGGCGACGGAUCCAUUCGCCUCAUUGACAACGAGCGCGCCUUCUUUGAGAACCGGCACCUGGCCGCCGACUCCAUCCUGCUGCCCACCACCAAGAAGUACACCAUCAACGUCAUGGAGAACGCCUGGAUCCACAAGUUUGCCAACUGGGGCGACAAGGUGCCCAUGUGCUGGGCCAACGUGGCACUGCUGUUUGACUACCGCUGCUACGUCAAGGAUGGACGCAUGGGCAGCGCGCUCCCGCCCGACGUGGCCCAGUGUGUGGCCAAGAUCGCUGGAUCCAGCCCGCAGGCGGUCAUGGACGAGUACGGCAUGCCGUACCCACACAUGGCGGAGGCGCUGUACAACAGGAGCAGGGCCCUCCACGAGCACGGCUUCGAGUACGCGCUGACGGAGGGCUACCCGCGCAACCCCAACCCCUGGCGCUACAAGUUCACGCCGCCCUGCUGCAAGGUCAAGCACACGGACACGUACCGCUGCGCACACGACUGGAGCCCCGACACCGCCAUCCCGUUCGGGGACCCCAUCACCGGGGGGCCGUGGAAGCACGACCGCAAGGACCCGGGGACAUACGAGGGCGGCACGGUGUUUUGAGGCUAGGCACGGAUUGGGAAUUGGGUUGGGGGGUGGGUUGUGAAUACCAGCCCCAACUAGAAGCAAGGCAAGUCAAUAGAUGGUUGGGGUGGAGGGGUGGAGAGCGUGCAGGGUACCGCGUUUAUAUCUACACCUGUGUGUGGAUUCUGGGGCGAGGGGACUCUAGAAACGGUAUUACGACUGCGUUCGUACGUUGGGGACAUUCGAAGACAGUGUGGGUAACUGCAAAAUGGUGCAUGGUUUGUCAUAUAACGGUGUACGUGUGUGCGAGAGUGUAGGGGCCGUUUGCAGCCAGGAUGGCUGGGAGGGGCAGGCAACAAAGGGCUGCGCUGGCUUUAACGCCACCUCGUGCUGCUGCUGAUGUUAGUGCUGCUCAUGUUGGCAGCGGGCCAGUGCGCCCCACGCAGUGCAUUGCAUCCCGUAUGACUGCGCAGGUCUGAGGAAAUGAAGAUGAGGGAAGGUCUGAGAAAAUCGGAAUGAGGAAGUGUAGGGCAUGCGGCAGGAUUGAGAUUGCUACACGAGGCGGCCAGGGACUAGGCCUGCGGACUUCGAAGGACGCUUGACCGAGAGUGACAGCCGGACAGGAGGCGGUGUGGCCUGUGGGCUGUGGGGUGUGGCUGCUGGUGCUGGGCUGCUGGCAGUGUGGUGGCGGGUCCUCGGGGUAGGAGGAAAGCGGGUUUGCUGCGCCAGCCGCCAGGCGAGGGACGAGGCGAAGAGUAUCAAGUAUGCCGAGUCCGUGCACUCUCCUGCCGCAUGGCAGGCGGGUACAGUAGCCAACGCUGUGGGGCCGUCCCCACCCGCCGCCCGGCCUGGACAAGCUAACCGGUUAUUGGGCCCUCGGGCGCUCUGCUCAGGCCUCUAUUGCGGCUGUUGCAUCAUGAUGGAGUCCUGGACAGCCGCCCGAGGACACACCGGCCACGCAAGCAGCGGGGCGGGGGAAGGCCCCACUAGGCCCACGCAAGCCAGCAAACCAGCGCCACACUCCCGCUGCCACCGCUUGACAGGCAUCCAAACACGGCUGCAUCUUUUUAACUUUGUUGACC